AUGGCCGCGCCCGUCGUCACAGUCUCCGAGAGCAAGGAGCUCCGGGGCAUCAACCUCAUAGCUGCCCACUCGCACAUCCGCGGCCUCGGCGUCGAUGCAGACACCUUGGAGCCCCGCGCGGCCUCCCAAGGCCUCGUCGGCCAGGAGAAGGCACGCAAGGCUGCCGCCGUCAUACUGGAGAUGAUCAAGCAAGGCAAGAUUGCCGGUCGCGCUUGUCUGAUUGCAGGUCCACCAAGCACAGGCAAGACAGCCAUCGCCAUGGCAAUGGCCCAGUCCCUCGGACCCGACGUCCCCUUCACAUCCCUCUCAUCUUCCGAGAUCUUCUCCCUCGAGAUGUCCAAGACCGAGGCUCUCACCCAGGCCUUCCGGAAAUCUAUCGGCGUGCGGAUCAAGGAGGAGAGCGAGAUAAUGGAGGGUGAGGUGGUCGAGAUCCAGAUCGAUAGGAGUGUCACCGGCGGUGCCAAGCAGGGCAAGCUGACCAUCAAGACCACGGAUAUGGAGGCCAUCUACGACAUGGGUGCCAAGAUGAUUGACGCAAUGACCAAGGAGCGCGUGAUGGCUGGCGACAUCAUCUCGAUAGACAAGUCAUCCGGAAAGAUCACCAAGCUGGGCCGUUCCUACGCGCGUUCACGCGACUACGACGCCAUGGGUGUCGAUACAAAAUUCUUGCAGUGCCCCGACGGAGAACUGCAGAAACGCAAGGAAGUGGUUCACACUGUCACGCUGCACGAGAUCGAUGUCAUCAACUCGAGAACACAAGGCUUCCUGGCCCUGUUUUCGGGAGACACGGGUGAGAUCCGCAGUGAGAUUCGAGACCAGAUCAACACCAAGGUCGGUGAGUGGAAAGAGGAGGGUAAGGCCGAGAUAGUACCCGGCGUGCUCUUCAUCGACGAGGUUCACAUGCUCGACAUUGAGUGCUUCUCAUACGUCAACCGCGCGCUUGAAGACGACCUGGCGCCUAUAGUCAUCAUGGCGAGUAAUCGCGGCCAGUCGCGAAUCCGCGGCACCGACUACAAGAGCCCCCACGGUCUGCCGCUAGACUUCCUCGACCGGGUUUCAAUCAUCCAGACUCAGCCAUACAAUCCAGACGAGAUCAAGCAAAUCAUUUCCAUCCGUGCCACGGAGGAGGAAGUCGACCUGUCCCCCGACGCUCUGGCUCUGCUGGCUAAGAUUGGCCAGGAAGCUGGUCUGCGUUAUGCCAGCAACCUCAUCACAACGUCACAACUUGUCGCUGCGAAACGACGACAAAAGCAGGUCAGCGUGGAUGACGUGCAGCGGAGUUUCAAGCUCUUCUAUGAUUCUUCGCGAAGCGUCAGCUUCGUGGCGGCUUCUGAGAAGCGACUCAUCGGAAACGACGGCGCGGUUGAUUUCGCUAUCGCUAAUGGCAAUGGAGUUCAGGCCGGCGGGGACAGCAUGGAUACGAGCUGA